CGAUUGCGCUCGUCGUAUCACACUAUUUCGAGUGUGGCGGAUGCCGAAUCCGUAUCGGUGGGACAUGCGCGAUGGGCCUGCCGAGCGUGUUUGGUCGGCGGUGGCACGCCACGGCCGCCGCCAAGGGCGUCGCGUACGAAGAGAUGGUGGCUAAGGAGCUGCGGAAGCUUGGCUGCGACCUCGCGCCGACGGCCAUGUCGAUGGACGGAGGCAUCGACCACAUUGGUAUGUGGGCCUUCCCGGAUGCAUCUCGGAUCCGCAUCGUGACGCAGUGCAAGCACGAAGAGAAGCCGACGGGUGUGACGUACCUGCGCGAGUUUGAAGGCGUCUUGGGCAAGCAGCCGCCGAGUACGAUCGGCGUCUUUGCCAGCGCGUCCGGCUACAGCCUCUACGCCAAGCGGUUCUUUACGCAGAUGGCGCAGCCUGCGAUGCGGCUGACACUCAACGGCAGCGAUGGCCUCGUCGAGUUUGACAUGAACACGCCGGCGAGACGGCUCGUGCCCAAGCUCGUGCCCGGCUCCACCUUUCUCGACGGCUCCCACGUCCUCGUCUUGACGUACGACGGUCACGUCCUCGACGACGACGAUACAUAACUUGUUUCUCUGAUUCUCAAUAUGAAAUGUACCACGGGUUGAGCGUCGACCAGCUAAACUGGACCGACUUGGUAACGACAAACGAAAUGCCGGACGCGAGCGUGACGCUGAGUCCGAGCAGCUGGUCGGGCGAGAGUCGCUUGCCCCA